AUGUUAAAGGCACACUUUCUCGUCUGUCUGCUUUUCUGUGCUUCGCUUCUUUUACCCUACGUACUCUGCGUAGGUGACAAUAAACAAAGUGGGAAACGUAAAUCUCACGCGGAAAGGAUGGAAAGAACUGAAGGAACACAACGUUUUCAUGAAGUCAAAUUAGCAAGAGAUCUUGAUCUGCACAGUAAGACGAGACAAGCCUUAGCAACACAGAUUGCCGAACAUAGUCAAGAUUCAAAUCAUGUAUUCAAUGUCAAUCAUGGGAUCGAACCAGUAGCGGAAUAUUUUGACAAAAAGAUUAAGAAACAUCGUCAAAAUUUAAAAGACUUAACAUUUUUACAUAAAUUACCCGGUGCUCAAACGGUGAAUGAUUUGAAAAACAAGGCUAAAUUGCCACACAAUUACGAAGAAUGA